AUGGCUGCUACUGGAGAGAAGACUCAUAUGUCCAUCGUGAUUUGCGGUCAUGUCGAUUCCGGCAAGUCGACCACCACCGGCCGUUUGUUGUUCGAGCUCGGCGGUGUCUCCGAGAGAGAGAUGGAGAAGCUCAAGGCUGAGGCCGACCGUCUUGGCAAGUCCUCCUUCGCCUUCGCCUUCUAUAUGGAUCGUCAGAAGGAGGAGCGUGAGCGUGGUGUCACCAUCGCUUGCACUACCAAGGAGUUCUUCACUGAGACUUGGCACUACACUGUCAUUGAUGCCCCCGGCCAUAGGGAUUUCAUCAAGAACAUGAUCACCGGUGCCUCUCAAGCUGAUGUCGCCCUCCUCAUGGUCCCCGCUGAUGGUAACUUCGGUACCGCCAUUGCCCGUGGUAACCACAAGGCUGGUGAGAUCCAGGGUCAGACCCGUCAGCAUGCCCGUCUUAUCAACUUGUUGGGCGUUAAGCAGUUGGUUGUCGGUGUCAACAAGAUGGAUUCUGAUGUCGCUGGUUACAAGGAAGCUC